UAAAUUUUUUAUGUUAAUUAGAGAUUUUUUUUAUAAGCACAAAUAAGCGUUCACCAAUUGAUUUUUGUGUUUAGCUCUAACGGAGUUGGCACGAACUAAUCAUUGGGCAGACUAAGAAAUUGCCGUCCGUAUAUGAAGACUAGUUUCGUGGUCGCGAUCCGCGAUAUGAAAUUGUCGAUUUAUCCUGAAUAGUUUUUGGGUGAAUAUUUUUUUAUGAAAAACUAUAUAAACAUGUUAGUACUAAGAUUGUUCAGUGUUAUAUUCUUAUUGGGAAUCUCCUUUGCGUCGGAUUCUUUCGAUUAUGCAGCACCAAAAUUAGCCAUCGAUAAUUUAGAAAAUGGUUAUCACGGUAUCGUGAAAGAAAACGAGACCGUCGUCGAAGUAACCCCAGUAAUAAAGGCCGAAGGGGAGGUUUGUCGUUUCCGUAUAGUCAACAAGCACCACGGGGAAGCUCCCUUCGAUAUCGUCCUCAAAGAUGAAAAUUACGCCGAACUGCGUGCCAAAAGGGUCUUAAACUGCGAGAAGAGGAAGAACUACAAGUUCGACAUCGCCGCCGUCGGUUGUAACGGCAAACAAAGUGUCAGUGCCACCGUACAUAUCACCGUUUCUGACGUAAACGAGUACGCUCCGACUUUUUCCGAACCGAGUUACGUUCGUCAAGUGGACGAGGGUAGAAUUUAUAACGAAAUCGUCCGAGUGGAAGCGACCGAUAGGGACUGUACACCGAAGUUUGGAGAUGUCUGCAAAUACGAAAUCCUCACGUCGGACCAACCUUUCGUUAUUGACAUGGACGGGGUUAUUAAGAACACCGAACCCUUGGAUUACGAACGUUCGCACAAUCACAUUUUAUCCGUCAUCGCUUACGAUUGCGGGAUGCGUCAAAGUUUCCCGGCACUUGUCACCAUCAAAGUCAACAGGGUGUGUAGACUCGGUUGGAGGGGAUUACCCGAACGAGUCGACUACGCUCCGAUGACCGGCAAACAGGAAUUAUUCCCUUCCGCCAAUUUGGAAUUGUGCGACGUCCCUUGCAACAUCAGGGAAUUGAGGACUAGAGUCGAUCUGGCCACGAGACACAUCGGAAAAGGAUGUGACAGGGACACUUAUUCAGUGCAAUCACAGAGGAAAUUAUGUGGAGCUUCGCCGUCCGCCAUCGAUCUUUUACCGAACCCCGGUGUUGGAUCCGAAUGGACUAAACCACUCAUUUCAGACGAGGGUCAUGAAAGCGAUCAAAUGUUCGAAUUUGAUGGUGCGACUACUGCCGUUACUAUACCAACGACAGUUUUGGAACAUCAGUUGCCCAGUACUUUCACCAUAUCAACGUGGAUGAGACACGGUCAACAUCCAACUCAAGACAAACAUAUGAAAGAACAUAUUUUUUGCACCGCUGACGAUCACAAAAUGAACAGACACCAUUACGCCCUAUUCGUUAGAAACUGCAGAUUGAUACUUUUGUUGCGGAGAGAUUUUUCCGAAGGAGACUUGAACAUAUUCAGACCGGCGGAAUGGAGAUGGAAGGUUUCCCAAGUCUGCGACGACCAAUGGCAUCAUUUCGCAAUCAACGUCCGUUUCCCUGAUAUUCAACUCUACAUCGAUGGCCAAUUAUUCAGAGCCGAAAAGAAGAAUCCGGAAGUAAUCGACGAUUGGCCUUUACAUCCAACUAAGGGCAUCAACACCACCCUUACUGUAGGCGCUUGUUGGCAAGGUUCGGAUAAUAAAAUGAGACACCAUUUGAAAGGAUAUUUAGCCGGACUGAGUAUCCUUUUGGGCGAUAACGAAAAACCGGAAGUCCUGAGUUGUCUUCAUCAAUGCAAAGAAAGUCUUCAGGUUCCUGCCAUGGAACUCCUCCAACCCGGAAUGGAACUUUUGACCAAUUCCGAUUUAACCGAAGUAACCGUAGAAGGCGAUAACCGAACGAAUUUGGAAACUCUAGUGAGGAAAAUAGGUUACGCCAAUACCAGGGAAUUUCCAACACCGGGUCGUAGAAAUUUACGUUUAACCACCACAGUUACAUGCGAUAACGGAAAACAAAUAAAAGUUCCUGAUGCACAAACUUACGUAAUGGUUCUAAGACCCCAGACUCCGAGCAUUAUGCUCAACGGUACAGGAAACAUGGCGAGGAAGUACGAAGACUUCAGAAUGGGAGUAAGAGUAUUGGCUGACGUGCACAUAACCGGCGAACAAAAAUUGGACAAAUGCCAAUUAACUAUAUACCCGAACCUGAAUCCAGAUCACGAAAGUCUGAGCGUUUCCGAGGAAAUGCUCAAAAGAUUGGGAAUGGCGGCUAGAAUAUCGAAGGACGGUGUAACUAUAACCGGUUCGGAUAUGGUCUACAACUACCAGCAACUUCUACGACAAAUCGUCUAUACCAAUCGCAAACCAGCCUAUUACCUCAAUAGGGUUUUCAAAUUAACUUGUUCCGAAUUAAACGGAAGAUUCACUUCAAACGAAUACGUUCAAACUUUAAUCGUAAUCCACCCGCAACCCAAGGAAACCAUCGCUCACGCCACCAUUAAUAAACACAGCGUUGAAAUCCGCCCGGCUUCCGUUAUAUCUCACGAUUACGUCCCAUCUGAUCAUACGAAUCUUGUCGCUUCCGGUGGUUCCCACGCCGUAACAAUAAUUGUUGUAGUCUGCGUCGGUUUCCUGUUGUUCAUGAUCGUAUUGGGUAUAAUCAGAAUUCGAGCCGCUCAUCAAAAAACGUCUAACGAAGAAGCGCAAGACGGUGAAAUGACAUGGGACGAUUCUGCGCUUACCAUUACCGUAAAUCCCAUGGAGAAUGCGGAAAGGAAAUUAGAAGGUGGUCACGUAUUGGAGUACAGUGACAGCGAACAAUCAGAUUCCGAAAGUUCCUCAGAUGAUGAAAAUAUGGACGGUCCUUGUAGAAUUAUCGAUUCGUCUGAUGAAGAACACGAACAACCGAGUCGUAUCAGAAAACACGACUACCAGAAUAUCAGUCAACUAGAGUGGGAUAAUUCCACCAUGUAAAAUUAUUAAUCGAAAGAAAAAAAAUGUAGAGAAAUGUUCUUACGCGGAUGAAAAUGUCUAAAUAUGCUUUCAAAAACUGAAUCUGAUAUAGUUUCGUUGAAUUCAAUCAUUAGAUCAUUGAAAAUUUGGACAUUCAUCCGCUUUAGUUCAUAUAAUGGUGCGAAACGCAUCACAAAGAUGCAUAAAGUGCCAUAACGUGCACUAGCGACGCCGUACAUACCGCAAAGCAAAUUUUUGCCUAAAAAAUAAAAUCAGCUUAGGACUUUGUACAAAAAUUACGAAUCGUUAACAGAUUUUGUUCGAUCGAUCAACUAAAUAACAACGACAUACAUCCACUUGUAUUUGUCCAGUCAAAACAAUCUAUUUUCACCAUAUUUCAAAUUCUUCUUCUCCAAAACAACAAAAUUAAAUAUCUAACUACAGAUUAUAUCGCCGAUGAAAUUGUUUCGGUCCAUAAAAACAAACAUUCACUUGUUUUUAUCGAACCAAAACAUUGUUUUCAUCUAUUUUUACUUUAUUUCAAAGUAUUUUUCCAAAAAAAUUGAAAAACUGAAUGACCCACUUCCCAUUGUGUCACCGAUGAAGUGUAUUUUGAAUAUUGUACCUUAAAUAGGAAAAUAAUUUUGAAUAUGUUUGUUUCGGUCCAUAAAAACAUACAUCCACUUGUUUUUGUCGAGUCAAAACAAUGUUUUCAUCAAUUUUCACCUUAUUUCAAACUCUCCUUCUCAAAGACAACAAACUUGAACGUCUAACUUCUAAUUCUACCACCGAUGGGGUUUAUUUUGAAUUUUUUUGCCUGAAAUUUGAAAAAAUAGCCUAAAGACACAAAUUCAUCCCGUUUUUUGUACAGAGACCGUUUAUAUUUGCAAAUAAAAUGCUACGCUUUGAACGCCUAUCGGUUUGCUUUGUACUGUACGGCGUUUGAAUAUCAAUAAAUUAAUCGUCCAUAUUUGUUAGAGAUAUAUAUACAGGUUGUUGUAUAUGUAUAUCGAUACACUCUCUUUUUAGCUAGUAAUAUAUAUUUGACGAUGCUGUUUACACCCUUUCCCGCUUGUAUUUUGCCUAUUUUCAUUUUUUUUUUCAAAGUUAACAAGGCACAAACUUUAUACGAGCAAUUUUUGUUUUUUGGAAAUGCUUUCGGGUUCAAAUAUAACACAGUUAUCUGUGAGUAUACUAUUCGGUUACUAUUUAUAAUGAUGACAGGUGAAGACGUUUUGUUAAAUAUAGGAUGUCAUAUAUGUUUUUAUUUAUUCGAAUGAAAUUGAAUAUCAGUAUUUUUGUUUUACAGCCUAAUCGAAGGCCUAUCGCAUCCUAUUUGGGAAUAAUCUUGUUGAAUUUAUUUUUAUCCUACUAAUAAUGACAUUGUAUUAGUUUUUUUUAAAAAAGUAAUUUUUUGACUAACUUUUUAUAUAUAUAUAUAUAGAUUUUAUAUAGUUACGCGCUUUUUUGUACUUACUUUUCGUUUUAGGUUAAGUUUUUCUCCUCGUGUUGCACAUUUGUUUAAAAAAAAUAUGGAAAUGUAACAUUCAUAUCAAUUUUUUACCGUGCUCGAUUAUUUUGUUGUUUCAAACAAUAUCACAAAUACACCGGUAUCCAUAUUAAGGACUUUUAACCUCAAUUUUUUUUUGGAACAACUGAAACUUUUGUAGAUCAAAUUUUUAUCUAGCUCAGUCUAAUUCAAUAGAAAAAGUCGAUUAAUUCGGUAUGUUAAGUAAACCCAUUGAGUAUAUUCAAAAAAAGUAGAAAAUUAUUGUUUGAAAAGGGUUUUUACCCCUAAACUAACAAUAAAAUGUGUAAAAAUUAAAAUAAUUAGUGAAUGUUGCUUUUUUUUUCAGUGUAUAUUCCAAAAUUUUAGUUUUACUAGUGAAUGUUGUUUCAUCAGUGUAAAAACAAAUUAUGUUUGAAUGAAACUUAUUUUUUCUUAGUGUAAUUACAAAAAGUUUAUUAAUUUAUGAAAAUUGUUGUUUUUCUUACUAUAAUGACCCAAAGUGGAAUGGUCGGUGAAUUUUUGACAUUUUUUUUGUGUAAAAACAACAAUUUUCAUCAAUUUUUCAACUUUUUGUAAUGAGACUGAGAAAAAUGUACUAAUCACUCAACUUUCGAUCUGUACACUAAUAAAAAGGAAAAUUUCAAUCGAUCAUCUAACUUUUUAGUUUUACACUGAGAAAAUAACUAUCAAAUUGCUGUUUUUACACUGGAAAAAGUGACCAUGGAUUCUCUUACCCCUGAACUGAUUCUACACGAACACUCAAUCUAUUCGUUGCCGAUGUGACAUCCUAUGAUCUAGGGCUCCAAAAUAUGGAAUCGUUUCAACUUUCCUGUCUUCCUCAUUGAUUUUCCUUCUGAUAUGGAAGUUUUUCGUCCAAAGUUGUUUGUACUGGCUUCGAACCGUUUAUGCAUUUCGUUCGAUUAGUGGUCAGUAUUCUCAAUUACUGAACCAAAAGCUUUUUUACGAUUUAUAAAUCUUCAAUUCAGAUUUCGAUCGUUAUUGACCCAUCAUUAAGUACUCGACCACAAGCUUUUUUAGGGUUUAUAUAUAUAUAUACAUAUAUUCGGUUAAUUGUUUUUUGAUUUAAAUCAUAUUCGAUACCCAGUACCCCCUUUAAUUAUUUUAUAAUCCGUUUUGAUAUUAUAUUUUCGAGUGCCUUAUUUUUAUUUUUUUUUUCUGGGGUAUAUACGAGGUGUUUUGAAUGUUAAACUGGGAGUGGUGAAUAAAUUUGUGAUUUUAUUUGGAACAAUGAAGUAUUAAAAUUUUCUACUUAGACUUUUGGUGUUUCUCAUUUCCCUAGCACAUUAUUUUCGGUAUUAUUUGGAGUAGUAUUCUAAAAAGGAUUGUAUAUAUAAUAAGGUUUUGCAGCUAAAAUAAUAUUUUUUUGUAAGUAGUUAAUGGUACUUAAUAGAAAAUAAAAGUAUACAAGAUUUAAAAAAAAUUGAAAUAAAAAAAAUUAUUUAUUAUUUUUUUUUUUCGAAAUAUUCGGCAAUAUUUAUAUAGUAGAUUAAAUAAAGAAGAAGAUAUAUCAUAAUAUGCAAUAUUUAGUGUAAAUUACGUUUUUUUUUUUUUGGUAAAAGUGUCGCAGUUUAGGAUUUAGUAGCUGUGAUGUCAAAAAUAAGAAGAAAAUCUAUUUAGGGUUAGAAAUAAACCGAGCACUAAUUUCCCUACGCUUUCAUUUCGAUAUUUUUCCGAACCCAUUUUACAAGUUUUUCUUUUGUUGUAGAAGGUUAGGUCCGCGAAUCCUAUCUAACGUUAACAUAGUGAAAUAUACUAACAGGGUGUUCAAAAAUUAUUUAGUAUUCAAUUAUAUUUGUAUAUAACUGUAGAUAGAUUAUUUUUGAUAAAUUUUGUAUUCGAUUUUAUAAAUUGUUGAGAUUCUGCUUCUUCUUCAUCAUUAUCAUUAAGUUUUGUUUGCAUAUUCUAUGAAAGAAGAAAUAAAAUGUAAUAACGAGAGACCUAACCUAAAAAGUUUGAAAAAAACUUGUAAAAUGUACUAACUAAUCUACUUCAAAUAAAAUGACACUAUUUUUGACAAAAUACGUAACAACAAUAAAGAAACUGUUUACAUUCCAAUAAUCGUAAUAUUAUUUGUAUGUCAAAGUUAUAUCUUAUUGAUAAAUGGCUUUUUUGGUGUGUUAAAAAAAAACAAACAGAAUCAAAUAAUUCGAAUGUCUUUAGGUGUUGAAAACCACAAUAAUUAUGUAAUACAUGAAUGUAUAAUAAAUAAUAACAAAUUAAA